AUCACCAUCAGCAUCAUGCUGUUCCUGGCGCACACGGCCCAUUGGCAGUUUGUGGGCUUGCUGGCCGGCUGCUUGGCGUGGAUCCUCAUCAUGGCCACGGCGGGCAUGGACGAGUGGCGCCUGUGGCACGUCGACCCCGAGAACCACACGGCCCUCAUCACCUCGGGCGUGGCCUGGGUCGGCAUCUGGCGGGCCUGCUUCCACAGCCACGCCCUGCCCAAGAUGGAGACCUGCCAGAGCAUGGGCGUCUCGGAGGGCUUCGUCCCGGUGGAGAUCCGGGUGGCGCAGGUUCUGGUGGUGCUGGCCAUGCUGGGCGGCCUGGCUGGCAACGCCGCCGCAGUCGUGGCGGUCAGGCGGGUCUACUUCUCCAUUGAGGAUGGCGGCGGAGUGCGUGCGCCCUUCGUCCUGGCGGGGGCGCUCAAUGUCCUCACCGUGGCGCUCGUCCUGGUCCCCCUGGUGUGGAACACGAGCUCGGUUUUGAACAACGGCACCAUCCCCUUCCCGCCCCGCUUCAGGCUUCCCGUCGCUCCCGCCAGCCAGGGAGUGGGCACGGCCAUCGGGGUGGGCUUCGUGGCCGCCGCCCUGAUGCUCAUCAGCGGGCUGCUGUUUCUCAGCUACCAACACGUGUGGAGAACCCUCAAACCCGAGCUGCACGGACGGAGAGUGGCAGAGGAGGACAAGCAAGGCAGGGAUAAUCUCACUUUCCAUGCUGAUCAAGUGUUGUGAUGGCAAAAUGAAAACAUAUGACACAAUGACUUGAAUAA